CUCUUACUCGUUGAGUUGAAUGAUAUAACAAUUGAUAAUAAAUAGACCGAAAAAUUUGAGCGGCCGGCAGGACGGUUCUCCGGCUGGCCAAGGAUCUCGCCGAGAACAACAAGGGCGCUCGGGUUCUGGCCUUCUGCUCGGAAAUCACCGUCGUCACUUUCCGAGGCCCAAACGAUUUGCAUCUGGACAGUCUGGUGGGCCGCCGCAAUUAUCAUCGGAUCUGACCCAAUUCCGGACCUAGAAAGGCCCUUGUUCGAGUUGGUCUCGGCGGCCCAAACUAUUCUGCCAGACAGCCACGGCGCCAUCGAUGGGCACCUCCGGGAAGUCGGGCUAACGUUCCACUUGCCGAAAGACGUUCCUGGGCUGAUAUUGAAGAACAUAGAGAGGAGCUUGAAGGAAGCAUUUCAACCGCUGGGAAUUACAGAUUGGAACUCGCUGUUCUGGGUCGCCCACCCGGGCGGGCCGACGAUUCUGGACCAAGUUGAGCUGAAGUUGGCUUUGAAGCCCGAGAAACUUCGGGGCACCCGGCAAGUGUUGAGCGAGUAUGGGAAUAUGUCCAGCGCUUGUGUGCUGUUUAUUUUGGAUGAGACGAGGAAGGCCUCGACUGAAGAUGGGCGUAGCACUACGGGUGAAGGGCUUGAGUGGGGGGUCUUGUUCGGGUUCGGGCCCGGACUCAAAGUCGAGACCGUGGUUCUCCAUUUGCAUUCAAAUCAAUGUGAUGAUGACGGCGACGAACUCUAAUUACGAAGGCGGAGAGACAAAUCGGUUGCGGCGAUUUAGAUUACAUGUUUGGCAUUGGGUAUCUCUGAUUCAGAAAAGAUCACAUCUCUCGUUGCAGCUGAAAGAGUCAAUGGCUGUGGUAUCAGUAAAUCAGUUUGAUCAAUGCAUCACCUGCCAUGCUUGGAGUCCUGACAGCUCCAUGAUUGCCCUUUGCCCGAACAACAGUGAAGUACACAUAUAUAGAUCAAUGGAAGAGAAAUGGGAGAAGGUUCAUGUUCUUCAAAAGCAUGAUCAAAUUGUUUCAGGGAUAGACUGGAGUACAAGUUCCAACAAAAUAGUUACCGUUUCACAUGAUCGUAAUUCAUAUGUUUGGAACCUGGAAGCAACAGAAUGGGUGGCGACAUUAGUGAUCCUUAGGCUAAAUCGUGCAGCUUUAUGUGUGCAGUGGAGUCCUAAAGAGAACAAGUUUGCAGUUGGAAGUGGGGCCAAAACUGUUUGCAUAUGUUACUAUGAGCAAGAGAAUAACUGGUGGGUGAGUAAGCUUAUCCGGAAAAGACAUGACUCUUCUGUAACUAAUGUUGCUUGGCAUCCUAAUAAUGUUUUCCUUGCCACAACAUCAACUGAUGGAAAAUGCAGAGUGUUCUCUACUUUCAUUAAAGGUGUUGAUACAAGGCAAUCAGGGGCAAGUUCUUCUUCAGAUUCAAAAUUUGGAGAGCAAAUCAUUCAGCUUGAUCUUUCAUUUUGCUGGUCAUUCGGUGUUAAAUGGUCUCCAAGUGGCAAAACAUUAGCUUAUGUAGGGCAUAAUUCAAUGAUUUACUUUGUUGAUGAAAUUGGUCCCUCCCCUUCUGCACAAAGUGUAGCAUUCCGUGAUUUGCCUCUUCGCGAUGUACUUUUUGUUUCAGAGCGGAUGGUAAUUGGAGUCGGAUUUGAUUGUAAUCCAAUGGUCUUCAUUGCCGACGAAACAGGUUUAUGGAGCUUCUUAAGGUUCUUAGAUGAAAGGAAACCAACAUCUUCAACUACAAAGCAUGGAUCUCAGUUUUCAGAAGCAUUUGGGAUAUUUUACGGCCAAUCAAAGCAUGUAGCAAACAACAACUCGGCUGAGCCAUCACGAACCAUCCAUGAAAACUGCAUCAAUUGCAUUAUUCCACUAAAGAAAUCUGAGGAUUCUGCAGUAACCCUUUUUAGCACUUCAGGACUGGAUGGUAAAGUAGUAACAUGGGAUUUGCAGAACGAAGAAGAUUUAUUUGAAUACAUGUAGUCAUUACUACUGAAAUGUCGUCUGUACAAUUUUAAUACUAAGUCUUAGGUAUAUCUGAAUUAAAUUUGUAUUGACCUCUGAUUUUUUUAAAGAGCACUUGUGUAUCUCUUGUAAUGGUAGCCUGAAUGGAGAACAAUUUGCAACUUAUGGUGUAAUGAUGUCACAGGCUCACAGCUACGUUGAUUAUUCAAGGUUUGUUAUGAACAGUAGAGUUGCGACAUUAUUCUUGCUUUGAAACUUGAAAAUGUCAGUUGGAGAAUAACAAACAAUUAGGAAACCUAGAUUCUUUAGUCUGGUUUUGCCUUUGAAAAGGCAAAGAAAGAUAAUACUUCGUAUUACUUUUCAUUUUAAUUUUUGUAAUAAGUUUCCAUUUGUCGGUCUAUAAGGCAAAAUGCGAAAAAAUACUAGUAUAAGUCUACUCUGUUAGUUUAUUCGCGUAUAAUUCACGUAUAAUACACUCAAACGUAUAAUUCGUGUAUAAUACUCCCGUUUAUGAAUUUUUCAGAAAAUACUUAAAAAU